AUGACCACAAAGGCAGCGCACUUGGAAGUGGUAUCUGAAUUAACAACGAACGCAUUUUUAGGAGCAUUAAAAAGAUUGAUCAGUCGUAGAGGCAAACCAACUGACAUUUUCUCAGACAACGGGACUAAUUUCGUAGGCGCCAAUCGAGAAUUGGAAGAGCUGAGACAAAUGUUCAAGCAGCAAGAGUGCAAACGCAAAAUCAUAGAUGAGACUUCAGCAAUUGGUAUCUCUUGGCAUUUCAUUCCACCUCGUGCUCCACAUUUUGGCGGGCUGUGGGAGUCUGCAGUCAAAUCAUUCAAAAGGCAUUUUUACAAAGUCUCUCGAGAAGCAGCGAUGACCUUCGAAGAAGCUUCAACGUUGACAGCACAGAUAGAAGCCAUAUUGAACUCCAGACCGCUCACAGCUAUAUCAGAAGACCCAACGAUUUGA